AUGAACUGGAAAUCUGGUGGCACCUACGCCAACGGUCCAUUCACGUAUAACAUCGCCCCCGUUCGGACUAACCGGCCAUUCCCCGUGCCCAAAACGCCCUCGGCUAAAUGCACGGGUGUUAACCACUACCUUUGGCAUCGUUACAACAUUCAGGGUGCCGGGUGGGCCACUUGGGACAAGGGUCAGAAGACACUCCGGGGUAAUAGCACACGCUGCUUCGGCCUAGGACUGACAGGUUGGUGGUUUGAAUACUUUGAUGAACCUGACUCCAAUGGUUAUGAGUGGCUGGCCAAGUUCAACUCGCCGAUUGCGACUGAGGCACGAUGUUAUUCAAACAACAAAGUCCAAAAGUGGUCCGGGGGUCCAUCAGAUGACGGGUGCCACUGA